AUGCGGUUUUCAUUAUACGAGUGGCGAAAACAGAUUGCUUAUUUUAAACGAAAGAAUUUUAAAGAUUUAAAACAAGCUCGUGGUGUUGUUAAUACGAUUGCAUUUUUUGUUGUCUGGGGAUACGCAGGCUAUUUUAUUGCAAAUAGAGCCGAUAAAUCGGCUAAAGAAACAGGUAUUCCACAUAGUAUUCAACUUGCUAGAUUAACAGGAGAACGAUACGUUACCAAGUGGAAUAUAAAUACCGGUGAAAAAGAACAAAUCGACGUUCACCAAAUCAUCGCAGAAAAAGAACUUGAAGCACGUCAUAAAGCUCUUGAAGAACGUCAUAUGUUUUCAAAUCCUAACUCCCAACUGAUUCUUAAUCUUGAUCAAACUCUUCGUAAUGUUCUUCAACAACCUACAAUAGAUAAUAUCCAAUUAUUUUUUUCUAUCAUUCAACAAUGUCAUUAUCGUCGUAUUGAAGAUGAAAAAAGUAUUCACGAUGAUAGUUUAUAUAUUCCAGCGAUAUUAAUUUUACGUCAAUUCAAUCGUUUUCAAACUCCAACAUUAUUUGAUGAACUUCUUCAACAAUUUAUAACAUUAUUUAAACUUAUACCAAUAUCAACGAAAAAAACACUUGAUGAUUUACUUUGUAUAAUUAGUAUUAUAUUAACAAAGCGUAUAAUGACAACAAAUGAUGAAGUACAACAAGAUUUAUUUGUUCGAUUUUUUCGUUCAUUUUGUUUAUCAAUAAAAACAAAUUUACAUUUUUUCUAUAAAGAAUUUCUAGGAAAUUUUAAUCAAAAUCUACCAAUUAUGGGACAUUAUUUAUCAUGUUUACUUCAAUUAUAUGAAAAAAUAAAUACACUUGAUUAUCGACUUCAUAUUAUUGAUACAAUAUGGUCAAUUAUUUAUGUGAAUAAAAAUGAAAAUGAGAAUGAUUAUAGAUUAAUUAUUGGACAGAUUUUAGCUUGUUUUCUACCAGGUAUAUUAAAAACAUUUGCACAAGAUAUUGGUUCAAUUCAUCAACGUCUUAUACAAGCAAAUCUUAUUCUAUUAAGUUAUAUUAUUCGAAUAACUGUUAUUCGUUCACCUAAAUACACGACUGAAAUGAAGAAUGAAUUACGUGAUAUUGUUGUUGAACGAAAUGAACAAUGGUUAUCGAUUGCUGAUACACAUAUAGCACCGAUUUUACAACGAUUUACAACAGAUUACGCAAAUCAUGAAAGUUUUUAUGUUCGUCAAACACUUAGUAUAUUUAUGUUAACAAUAUUAAGUUAUUGUUCAACAUGGUUAAAAAUAUCAUCAAAUAUUGCAUUAAAAACAAUGCUUGUUCUUAUAUCGUCAUCAAAAGAUGAACAAAAUGAGAUUAUAAUAAAAGUUCUACUAAAUAAAUUAUUUAAAUUACCGAUUGAAUCAUUACCUAUAUUACCAUCUCAAUUACCAUCAUCUGACUCAUCAUUUCUUUCCUAUGAAAAUGAAUUUUUUGAGGAAAUUCUACAUUCAUCAAGUAUUAGUUUAUCCGAUCAUCUUUUAAUCGAAUGUCAAACUGAUCUAUUUCAAUUGCUUGAUCAAAAACAAGUAUCAACAUCAUUAUUAACUGAUCGUCGAUGGCGUUUACAAUUAUUUAUUGGUUAUUAUACAUUUAUUCAUCAUCAUAUUGAUUUUCUUUUUGAUAUUGAGACAUUUACUGAUAAAUUACUUCAUUUUAUUUUCAAUACACUUGAUUUUGAUACAAUAAUACGAAGUAAUCUUAAUUUACUCAAUGGAUCUUCAUUACCAAAUAAUGAUUAUCGAACAUAUAAUCAUAAUGAAUAUAACUCUGUUUAUAAACAUUUAAAAUCCGAUGUUCAUGAUGAAAUUAAACAAAUCAUUGAAUUAUUUACAUCCUCACAUGCGAAAUUUAUUGAUUAUUUAUUUGAAAAAAUUAAUCGUAAAAAUAUAAUUGAUGAAAAUAAUCGAAAAAUAUUUUAUCUUCUUUCAAUUAUAUUUGAAAAAACAAAUUUUCAUAAUAUUGAAGAAUAUCAAUCACUUUUAUCAUUACUAACCCAUUUAAUUUGUGAUAAUGAUAAUCGAAAACGAAUAAUAAGAAAAAGAAAACAAAUUCAAUUGAAAGAAGAACCGAUCUCAAUUAGAAAUCUAACAAUCUAUUAUCUUCUUCAAUGUAUUCAUACUUUAACUCCUUUAGAUCAAAUUGAAUAUCUCAUUAAUUAUAUUCCUUUAUUACUUCUUUGCCAUUCAUCAAAAUAUACAAUUAUUCAUCAAACAUCUCUAUUCUGUUUAACAUUAUGUUCAAAUGAUUUAUCUUUAUUUCUUGUAUCACAAUCUGAAUAUAUCAUUGAUACAUCACUUAGAAAAUUACAAACAUCAUCCUGUGAUGGUUAUUUUAUUUUAAUUGAAUUUAUUCGAUUAGGUAAUAAACAAGUUAUUAAUUUACCUAUAAUGGUACAUGUUAUUGAACAAUUAUUACUUGAAUUAUCAUGUUUACCACCUAUUGAAUGUAUUGAAUUAACAUUUCAAUUUUUAAAUAUAUUUUGUCAACAAAUUAUUGAUAUAGUUGAUGAAAAGAAAACGAAAACAACUUUAAUAUCUCAACAAUCAAAAUCAUUAAUUGAAUUUACUCUUGAUUUACAACAACAAUAUAAUCCACCUCCAGUAGAUACGUCUACAGAAGAAAAUAACGAAGAAAAAAAAGAAGAACAUCCAUGGCAUAAAAUGCUUGUGUCAAUUGUUGAUGUUUUUCAACAUUUUAUAUCUCAUUCAAAUACUCAUAUACGUUCAUAUGUACUUGAUGCAUUUCCAUCAUUAGCACAAUUACUUUCAACAAUUGAUGAAAAUUUAUUUUUACCAUUAGUUCAUAAACUUUGGCCAGGUCUUAUUCAUCGUUUAUAUGAUAUAGAUAUUAAUAUUCGUAUACGUUGUUUAUCAACAAUAGAAUGUUUAUGUCAUAUAUGUUCAGAAUUUGUUGAUCGACGUAUUCGACAAGAUAUUUUACCAAUACUUAUUCAACAACUUGAAAAGAAUCGUUUUAUAUCAUCAACAAAUACGCUUGAAUAUCGAUAUAUAAAACAUCUUUUAACAAAUCUAGGAACAAUUCUAAAUGCGAUUACGAUUAAUAUUGAUGAUAUUGAAAAAAUAGUUUUAAUUCUUUUUCAAUAUUUACAAAUUGAACAAUUAGCAUCGAAUGCAUAUGAUCAAUUAAUAUUAUUAACAACGAAAUAUUCGGAUAUAAUUUGGUUAAAAUUAAAUUUACAUGAGGAAAAUGAAUAUCGAAAAGGUUAUUUUAAUAAAAUGAAAGUUUAUAAACCUGAACCAAUGUUCGUAAUUGAUCCAAAAUGGAAAUUAAACUUAAUUUCUUGUUUGACAAAUUGUUAG